UCAUACUUGGAAUCCAAAUUGUUUGUUGGCUAUUUAUGAUGCUUUGUUGCCCAGUACAUUAUUCUCUUUAAAAACUUAUGGAAUUUUAUAUUUUUUAAAAUCUUUAAUUGACAAAAGAGGGAAAAUACACAAAAUUGAAUGGAAAAAUUUUGUUUUCAAAACAAUUCGUUCCUCUCUAUUUAUUGUCUGCACUUGUAUUCUUUUUAUGUUAUGGUUUUGCACUUUUAGACGUUUUCUUGGUUUUGUUACUUGGCCAACACUUUCUUUUUUGAAUGGAUUUGCUACUUGUUUAGUUACUGUUUGGAUUGAAACUAAGCAAAGGAGAGCUUUGCUUCUGCCUUAUCUGCUAAAUUUGUCAAUUUUAUUUGGAUUUUCAACUGGGGCUAUUUCUUUAAUUAUUUCAAAAAAUAAUUUUAUUUCUUUUAAUUCUAAAUAUUCUUCUAAAUUGUCAAAAUCUUCAAUUUUUCUUCAAAAAUUAUUGAAAUAUAGUCAUGGCUUUUUACCUGAAGAAGAGAUUGGUUGUUGGAGAAGAUUUAAACGAGCAAUAAAGAUAUCUACAAGAAAUUUUCUAGCAUCUUUUACUUUAUUAAAUAUUUACAAAUUGUUUAACAAACAACAAAAUACAUUAAAAUUUCCUCUUUUUCUAGCUUCAAUUCCUUUACUUUUUGAGUUUUUUACUUCAAUUACUCGCCCCUUUAAUUUCUUAAAACAAAAACAAUUUUUAUUUAUUGCUCUGAGUUCUUUUCUUUCAAUGGCUAUAUUUUGGCAAAACAAUACUUUGGCGUUAUAUACAUUUUGGAAAAUGAUUGAGUUAAUUUAUUACAAAUUAAUUUGUUCAAAUAAUUUACCAAUAAUUCCUGGUGGAGAUGUACUUCUCUUCUGUACACUUUCUAGUUAUCUUUUAGGCCUAGCUGUUUUAGAGCCUCAUUUACUUCGUCGAAAUUAUUACAAAUUUUUAUGUUCAGCGACGGGAAACAAACUUCAACUCUUCAAUAGACCUUUAAUUGAAGCUUUCUUUGGUUUUAAUUCUUCAAAAUUAUACAAAAAUUUUUGGCCAAAAUUAGAACCAAAAUUGUUAACAAUUAACCCGGCUUUUUAUUGUUUAAAGUCUCAACAUUUUCAUUUUUAA